CAUUAGUUACCAAACCCAAUGUCAAAUUAUCAGUUCAUCUGUACUUUCAUUUUAAGGUUUGUGUACUUUGGACGUUAAUUGUUAUUAAAUGGCUCUGAACAGUUUUAAAACAACAAAACAUAUGUUUCGGAAUCUAACAGCUUCGUUGACGACAUCUGGAAGUUCCAAAAUGUUAUCCUCUAAAAUAAUUCCAUCCUCGAGCGAAAAAGAUGUCAAACACCUAAAGAAUUUAGUUGUAACAGUUCCAAAACCAUACAUUUUUCAUGUUGAAUUGCAUCGACCUGGAAAGUUGAAUGCAUUUAGUAAAGAAAUGUGGAUGGAAAUCAAAGAGUGCUUUGAUUCUCUAAGUAUAAAUCCAGAGUGUCGAGUAAUUAUUCUAUCAGGUGCCGGGAAAGUUUUUACUGCUGGAAUUGAUUUAAAUAGUAUGAUAGCAUUGGGUCAGGAACUUGGUGAAAUCGAGGACUUUGCUAGAAAAGGAUUAUUAAUGAGCCGGUUAAUUAAAUUAUAUCAGGAUGCCAUCACGUCAUUAGAAGUAUGUACAAAGCCAGUCAUCGCUGCAGUCCAUUCCGCUUGUAUUGGAGCUGGAGUUGAUUUAAUUACUGCUGCCGAUAUCCGUUAUAGUACACAAGAUGCUUGGUUUCAAGUAAAAGAGGUUCAAAUCGGUAUGGCAGCUGAUGUUGGUACCUUACAAAGAUUACCAAAGGUUAUUGGAAGUCAAAGUUUAGUUCGUGAACUUUGUUUUACCGGUCGAAAAUUUUUGAGUCAAGAAGCUUUUAAUUGUGGAAUGAUCUCUAACGUAUUUGAAACAAAAGAUGAUUUAUUGAAAGGUGCAUUAGACUUGGCAGAAUCUAUAGCAGAGAAAAGUCCAGUGGCAGUUCAAGCUACAAAAAAGAGUCUAAUUUAUUCGCUGGAUCAUAGUAAUCAAGAAGGUUUAGAUCAAAUUAGAGAAAUGAAUAGUUUACUUUUGUUAAGCGAAGAUUUCUUGGAAGCAACAACAGCACAAUUAACUAAAUCUGAAAAAGCCAUUUUCUCUAAGCUUUAAAAAGUAAAUAAUAUCAUAAAGUUUGUUACAUUAUAAUACUACUAAUUCAUUUCAUAUUUUCUAUGUACAUUUAGCAACAUGUGAAAUUUCAAGUGAUAAUUAUAUUUUUUACGGGUUUA